AUGGAGGAGCCUGUUAAAACACGUUCGAAUAAUGCAUCAAUCGGCGUAGCCUAUUUAAAUAAUCGUCCAUUACGAGAGAGACGUGGUUGUGAACUCUAUCCAGAUCGAAUUGAUUUUGGCGCCACAUAUUCAACAAAUAUUGAGAUAAAAAAUGUUGGCAUUGAUUCAUGUCGAUUUCGAAUAAGACAGCCGCCGUUGGGAACUGGACUACGAGUGAUAUUUCAGCCAGGAACGUUAGCAGCUGGUAUGAAGCGUCCAAUUACCAUUGAAUUGUACGCAUUGAUUAGUAAUAAUAAUAAACAAUUAGCAAAUAAUUACGGUAAUGGUCUAUCACAAUUAGAUCAAAAAGUUGAAAUAAUAACCGAGACAAAUAUUAUAUAUCUGCCAAUACAUGCAAAAAUAGCUUCCGAAGAACAAUUUGAUACAAUGUUUGUUGAUAAUGAUGAAACAGCCGGAAUGAACAAACCUUCAAUAACACUAAUUGCUCGGCGAAGUUCAAAUACAAACGAUUGGUUAUUUACUAAUCAAUGA